CUGGGUGCAGAGCUUUGGCCACGAGGGGCUGGGUCUGCUGCUAGACAUUCUGGAGAAGUUGCUUCACAAGAAACACCAGGAGAAACCUGACAAGAAGAGCCAGCAUAAAAUUAUCCAGUGCCUCAAAGCCUUCAUGAACAACAAGUAUGGUUUGGAGCGUAUCCUGGGAGAGGAGAUGAGUCUCUCCCUGUUGGCCCGAGCUAUGGAUCCGACCCAGCCCGCCAUGAUGACUGACGUGGUCAAGCUGCUGUCAGCCAUCUGCAUUGUGGGCGAGGAGAACACUUUGGAGAAGGUCCUUGAAGCCAUCACCACGGCAGGAGAGCACAGGGCCACGGAGAGGUUCAGUCCUAUCGUAGAAGGACUCAGAGAUCGCUCCGUCCAAUUACAAGUGGCCUGUAUGCAGCUCAUCAAUGCGCUGGUGACAUCUCCAGAUGAGCUGGACUUCAGGCUUCACAUCAGGAAUGAGUUUAUUCGCUCUGGCCUCAGAGAGAUAUUGCCGCAUCUGACAGCGAUCAGGAACGAUGCUCUGGACAUUCAGCUCAAGGUGUUUGAGGAGCACAAGGAGGAAGAUAUGAUGGAGUUCAGUCACCGCCUGGAGGACAUCAAGAGUGAACUGGAUGAUGUGGGAGAUGUGUUCAACGUGGUACAGAGUAUGGUGAAGGACAGCGGGGCGGAGAUAUACUUCCUCUCCAUCCUACAACACCUUAUGCUCAUCCGGAACGACUACUUUGUCCGGCCCCAGUACUUUAAGAUCAUAGAGGAGUGUGUGUCUCAGAUCGUCCUCCAUCGCAGUGGGACCGACCCAGACUUCACCUACCGAAAACGCCUUGACGUAGACUUCAGUGUCCUCCUGGAGGUGUGUGUGGACAAGGCUCAGCUAGAGGAGUAUGAGCAGAGAGCUGCUGACUUGGCUGUGAAGUUUGACGAGGAGUACCUGGGCCGACAGGAGGCUCAGGCUCAGCUGCUGAAGAGUGAAGAGAAGAUCAAUGAACUGCAGGCAGAGCUACUGGCCUUCAGGUCCCAGUUUGGAGCUGUACCAGUGGUCCUCUCCUCAACCCAGCCAUCCCAGGCCAGCUUCACCCCCUCCUCCUUUCCUCCCCCCCCUCCUCCUCCUCCUUCUGGUCCGGGAGGUCCCAUGCCUCCUCCCCCUCCUCCUCCUCCCCCACUCCCAGGCUACGGCCCUCCUCCCCCGUUCGGCUGUCCCCCUCCUCCUCCUCCUCCCCUGGGGUUCUGUGGGCUGGGUUCUCCUACCCACCACACCUUGCCUUUCGGCCUCCGGCCCAAGAAGGAGUUCAAGCCUGAGACUUCCAUGAAGCGCCUCAACUGGUCCAAGAUCCGCCCCCAGGAGAUGUCAGAGAGCUGUUUCUGGGUGGUGGCUAACGAGGAUCGCUAUGACAACCCCGACCUCCUCAACAGACUGGCACACACCUUCGGCUCAUACAGACCAGGUCAGGAUAACUACUGCU